ACUUGGUUAAGAGCGGCUCUCGAAAAUAAAGGGAACGAUAAAAGGGGGAAAGAAAUAUUUCCUUUUCAGAGCUUCACAAGGUUUCCCAUGGCAACUUAUUCGUUUCUAAUUGCACUUUCUUUCUGGUCGUCCUUUUCACCAAACCUCUUAACGUCCCUCCAGUCGCUGAAACGCGUCGUUUUCGGGAGUCAGGUGGCGCGCGCGCUCCGGGCAGGUUUUCUGCGGGUCGGAGCGAGUAACAUUCCUCGGUCACAUGGUCGCGAGACCGCAGGCUUCCUUGGUGGCCGCCGCUAUUUUUUUUCCCGCAAGGUUACUUGCAAAAGUAACUGAACGGGCAGCUCUACUAACUUCUCAGACGGCGGCGACCUUUCUGCGUCUCCGCCGCUUUUGUUUUUCCUAAAAAAAAAAAGGUAAAGCGAUAUUAUUGUCAAAUAAUUUGGCACUUGCUUUACUCUUCUGCGGAGCUGGGAGAGGCGAGAGGGGAGAGAUCCAAUUAAUUACAAUAUAGAAGACGGGACGCGCUCAUGAUAUAUAUGAAUUCGCCUGUAUCAAUGACAAAGAUUUAAUUCUCUGUUGAAAAGAAUUUUACGCAAAGAUGCGCAGUCGUGUGAGAUGCGGCACUCAAGGGGCGACUCUCAGACUAGCGCACGGCAGCGACUGGAGUGCUUGGUUGCAGAAGACCUUGGAGACUGCAAGCGCACAGCCUUCAAUCUCUCCUCCACCGAUGGGGAGAAUGACGGAAAGAAUAUAAUUUUCCCUCCGAAACUCAGUUCAGUACAGUUCUGCUGCAUUUUCACCAUGCUAGUGAAAGAGCACAACAGCGAAGUCAAGACAGCCAAGAUGGCCAUUGGAGAGAAGAAGACCAUGGUGAAAAAGGAGGAGGAAGGCGUCGUGUUGCAGUAUGUGGACCCUCCAGAUGGCGGCUGGGGCUGGAUGAUUGUGCUGCAUUGCUUUCUGGUGAACAUUCUGGUUAUGGGCACUCUGAAGUCAUUUGGGAUAUUCUUUGUGGCAUUCCAGGAUGCCUUUGGAGGCUCCUCGGAGCAAAUCAGCUGGAUCGGUUCCAUCAUGUCUAGCCUACGGCUCUCUGCUGAUCAGUUCUCUUCUUCUUCUGUAGGACCCCUGGCGUCAGUUGCUUGUGGUAAACUGGGCAACCGCUUGACAUCCAUACUAGGGGCUGUCCUCGUCAGUGCCGGUUUCCUGACCAGCAUCCUCGCCACCAACGUUAUCUUCCUGUACAUUAGCAUGGGCAUCAUUGUCGGCACGGGAUUUGCUCUCUUGUAUCAGGUCACCUCUGUCGUCACGGCAAUGUAUUUCAGAAAGAGGCUGGCGACUGCCUACUCCAUUGGCCGCUCGGGGAUGGGGCUGACCUUUGCCCUUGCUCCCUUCACUCAGCUUCUGCUGGAGCAGUAUGGCUGGGAAGGAGCACUUCUAAUAUUAGGAGGCCUCAUGCUCAACCUGGUGGCAUCUGGAAUGCUCCUGAGACCCAUCAGUGUCAAGGCUCCUGAGCUGCCAUCCUCUUCCUCCUCUCUCCUAAAGGACCAUGCAAGCAAAGCAGAAAAAGUUCAGGGUCACUAUAAGAACUGCUUUAAUGGGUGCAUUCCUUUAACAACCGGCAGCAUCAAGACCGACUCCAUGUCAGGAGAGCAGAGAAACGUGUCCACACCUGAAAAAGUACCCAUCAACCCAGAAGCCUCGCAAACCCUGGAGCCAGCAAACACCCUUAUCCAAAACGGUGUCAUCCAAAACGGCAUCUUCCAAAAUAGGCAUAUUAAGAAUGACUGCAAUGGGGACAACAUGCCAGAGGAAACGAAGGUGUUCCUGGAGCAGAAUGGCAAGGCUCUAUCAAUAGAGAUGUCAACAAGCAAAAGUGUCAGUGAAGAACUCCCAAAGACCAAAAUCCUGGAUUUCUCACUACUAAAAGACCCUUUCUUCUGCAUCUACACAUGGUCACUGGUCUUCAGCCAGCUGGCCUAUUUUAUCCCCUAUUUCCACCUUUCAGCCCGAGCCAGGAAUCUUGGGAUUGACCCCAUGGAUGCUUCCUUUAUUAUUUCAGUGGCAGGUAUUACUGAGACGGUGGCCCAGCUCGUGUCUGGCUGGGUGGCGGACAGGAAUCUGGUCCAUAAGUACCACUACCACAAGGCCUACCUGAUCCUCUGUGGCCUCGUCAACCUGCUGUCACCCCUGGCAACCACCUACAUCCACCUCAUGGUCUACGCUGUCUUCUUCGCCAUUUUCUGUGGGGGAUACAUGGCGUUGUUGCUUCCAGUCUUAGUAGAUCUUGUUGGGGUGGAAAAAUUGAACAACUCAAUGGGCUUCUCCAUGUUCUUUGUAGGGAUUGGUUGCCUCACAGGACCACCUACUGCAGGCUUGCUGUAUGACUACACGCAGACGUACGACUGCUCCUUCUACCUGGCGGGGGUGUGCUACCUCCUGUCCUCCAUCUCGCUCUUCCUGGAGCCCCUCGCCCGGAGCUGGAAGGCAAAGAGGUGGGGGGCAGCCCGAUCCGGAGAGCCGGAGUGCAGAACCAAUGGCUGCUUCGUCUCAGACGCUGCCAAGAAUGGGGUGGUGUAACAGGACUGGACCGGAACCCUGCUGCACAAACCGAACCUUGGGGAGAGGAACUGGGUGGGACUGGGAAAGUCACAUGGGCAUCACUGGGGCUCCCAGGCUUUCAUUGCCGUGGGGAAAGGUAGGACCUUUGACAUCGGAAAGAACCCAGACAUUACAAAAUCAAUUCAUGACUUUCUAAGUAAACAUCCUCUUCUAUCACAUGGAUGAUGAAAGCAAAAGAAAAAGGAAAAUCCAAUUUUCCAUCGUCUGGAUAAGCACCAGAUGUAUGUUUUUGGAGGCACCGAGACUACAAUCAUAAUUAUUUUUUUUCUCAUAUUUGGAUUUUUAAGUCCAGAAAAUGAUUCUCGCUGAUUUUUGCAACUCUUCAGAAAGCCCGUGAUUGCGCCUGAUUGGCCCGGUCCUCAAAAAAACAAGACGGAGAAGAUGGCGAGAGUCCCAAAGCUGGGGCAUCAAGGCAGUGUCCGAGACGCCUUGGAAGCGAGGCGCAAAACUGUCCGAGAAAGAAAUGUUGAAACUGAGAAUUGUACGAGCUGUCGAUUCCAGCAUUCCUGCAGCGCUGCCAUGCAUCUUUCUGAACAACCACCCAAGCUGUUACCUUAACCUGCAGUACAAAUGUGCUCACCUGCAAUCUUCAGGUCUUCAGAUGCAGCAUCACUCGGACUCAACCUAGACCAUAUGCGCUGCAAGUAAUCAUGUUACCACUAAUGUGAGAUGGUCAGACUUUGUCUUAAGAAGCUUGAAUUCAUUUUCCUGUCUUUCUUGAAGCACCUUCAUGACCUAUUCCCAGUAGCUACCCAGCACACCUUGAGCUCUCCUCCCAGACUUUGCACGGUACUGGUGAGCUCUUUGGCUGUGCAGGCAUUCUCUUCAAUUGAUACUGUAUAUACUGUAUGUAUUACACUUGUGUCAUUAGAACACUGAAUUCAUUAACAGAAAUGAAAGCAUGCCUUUAAAUCUGCACUACCAAAUGUAAUAAUAAGUGCUAUUGAAAAACAAGAUGGGCUAGGGCAGAAGAAUUUCAUGAGAUUUUCUGGGGUUUACUUUUAAAUGGGAGAGGAAGAUUUUUUUAAUGUUAUCAUUUUUAUUCUCUCUUUUAACCUAGCAUUGCCAAAACACAUUUAGGAUUUUUUGUUCUCCUUUUGGGUUUUUUUUAGUAAGUGGACAGAAUAUAAAUCUAUAAACCAAAGAUGGAGUUGUUAAAUAAACUCAGCCAAGGCUUCUGGAGUUCAAUGAACAGCAGUUGGGGUCAUGAAAACAAACCUUCAGAAAACUCUACCACAUGUAAUUAAAUUCUUAUGAAUUCUGUGCCUAAUAUCCUCUGCAACUGCUUCAUUUAACUCUCGAGAAGGCUUUGCAACUGAAGUGCAACAUGAAAAAUGUAACCUAGGAAACACACAGUUCACACAACACCCUCUCAUCCAGCUGUUGCAAUUACCUGAGUCUUCCAAAUGUAUUUGAGGUGCAUUUUUUCUUGGUAAUUUUAAUCAAUGUCAAUGUAUAUUGCAUCCAAUUUUUGUUCUUCAGCCAAGAAGUAGGUAUGUGUCAUAAAACUAUCGGUUUAAUCUUGCUCAUUUCAUUAUAUUUUCUGCUCAUCUUCAAUUAUGAACAUGAAAUUUCUCUAGAAUAUGGGUCUUUAAUUAUAAUCAGUACAGCUCCAUCUGUAUCCUGGGUGAUGUACCAGUUCACUCAAAAAAUUUAAUCAUGGCAGUUCCAAUUUUUCCAUAUUUACUGAUGCCUUUCUUUUUACUAGGUGUGACUUUGAGUGCCUUUCCUGUACACUUUUUGUCUUAGUUGUGCUGAAAGGACUUGCACAAUGCCUUUCUUGGGUCUUUAACUGUAAAGCUCAAGACCAAAAUAAACAAUGCCCAUUGCACAUAAUGUCUUAAUACAGCCUGGUUUGGAAGUGUAUUUCUGAACCCUAACAACCUCCACCAGGCCAGCAGACGUGUGAUUGUAUUGGAGGAAUUUUGUUUCAUGUGGUCAUGAAAUUACAUUUAUACAUACUGUAUAAAGAAGAAAAACUACUGAACAGCUUUUCUGUUUUCAGACUGAUCGGCAAAUUUAAAAGAGAGUCCUUGUUAAGGGAAACCAGCCCAUUAUAAGUGGUCUACACACUCUGACAGAAUUCCAAUUCUGUACCCGAAAUGAGAAAGUAGAAUGUGUUAUGCACUGUACAUGGACACUACAGAAGACACGCUGUUUAGCUGUCGUCAUCCUUCAUGGCCCAGGGGAUUUGGGACAGUGCCUUGCAAUGGUCCAUCAUGUUCCCCAUCUGACAUCAAUCCCAAGGAGACAGCCUCGUGUUAAAAUCUAUGACUGUCUUCUUUUUCUGCCUUCACUCAGGCCAGUGGUUCUCAAUCCAGCUCCUGAGGAAUCCCAGAGUCCCUGGGUUUUUGUUCCAACUGGGCCCUUGAUCACUGGUGCUAAUAAAUGCCUGUAACCGA